CCCCGCCCCGCGCCAGCAAGCAGGUGUUGCGUCCGCCGCGUGGACCGAGGAAUAGGAGGAGGAGGAAGGCUUUGCGCGCACUCGCCGUAGUGUGUCAGUCGGUGGCGUGCGUGGAGCCGACCAGACGCCAAUAAAUCCAGAGGACGAACGUGAACGAACGAACGGGUUGUUUUUGUCAGAGGCUCCAGCUGUGCGUUUUUUGGUUUUUUUUUUUAGGGCACCGCGCGGAUGCAUCCGCGCGCGGAGCUAAUCCGUGCGCCUAAUCCACGUAUCUCGCCAUCGCGUGGAUUUCCGAGCCGUCUCCUCGCGUGACGACGACGACGAGGAGGAUGGUGGUGCGAAUGAGGAUGAGGAUGUUGACGACGAUCUCCCCCCGCGACGCCGCAGCCGCCUCGCGCCGCGCCCGCCACCACCAGCAGCAGCAGCAGCAGCGAAGCCCCGCGCCUCCGCUUCCACGCGCACACCAGGACGUGUUCCCCGCCGAGGCGCUCAGGUAACUGGCAUGGAGCUGUCCGAGGUUCGCUGUUCGAGCGCCAGCGAGGAGCUGUACACCAUCAACCGGACGCCGAGCAGCAGCAGCGGCGGCGGCAAGCGGCUGCUGUGGCAGAACGCGGUCCGCCACAUCACCGAGCAGCGCUUCAUCCACGAGCAGGGCGGGGGGGGCGAGCCCGAGCGGCCGGACGCGCGCAAGCAGUCGGCCGGCCACGCGUCGUCGGUGGGCGGCUCUGGCGGCGAGCGGCAGCACAACAACGGGGGCACUAAGGUGUUCCCCGAGCGGGCCAGCAGCGACCUGGGCUUCCUGCAGAUCGACUGCGCGCCCACCAACUCGGACUUCUUCCUCAACUGGGGCUACACGUACCGCGGCGUGAUCUUCCCCACGCUGCGCAACGCCUUCAAGUCGCGCGACCUGGAGCGCCUGUACCAGCGCUACUUCCUGGGCCAGCGGCGCAAGUCGCUGGUGGUCAUGAACAUCCUGGACGUGGUGACCAAGCUGACGCUGCUGGCGCUGCACCUGGCCUUGGCCUCGGCGCCGGUGGACCCGGUCAAGGGCGCGCUCUUGGGCUUCUUCGCCGGCGUGGAGGUGGUGGUCUGCGCCCUGGUGGCCGUGCGCAAGGACGCCACCUCGCACGGCUACCUGCAGUACAGCGGCGCCGUCACGUGGGUGGCCAUGGCCACGCAGAUCCUGGCCGCCGGCUUGGGCUACGGCCUGCUGGGCGACGGCGUGGGCUACGUGCUCUUCGCGCUCUUCGCCACCUACGGGAUGCUGCCGCUGCCCCUGGCCUGGGCCAUCCUGGCCGGGCUCUUCGCGUCCGCCCUGCACCUGGUCGUCAGGCUGCUGCUGUCCCGCGAUGCGCCACUUUCCGACAACCAGGUGGCGGCCCAGACGGUUCUGUUCAUGUGCAUGAACACAGCCGGUAUCUUCAUCAGCUACCUGUCGGACCGCGCCCAGCGUCAAGCCUUCUUGGAAACGCGACGCUGCAUCGAAGCCAGACUUCGUCUGGAGACAGAGAACCAGAGACAGGAGCGUCUGGUUCUGUCCGUGCUACCUCGCUUCGUGGUUCUGGAAAUGAUUAACGACAUGACCAACGUGGAGGACGAGCACCUCCAACAUCAGUUCCAUCGGAUCUACAUCCACCGCUAUGAGAAUGUCAGCAUUCUUUUCGCAGACGUCAAAGGCUUCACAAAUCUUUCCACGACACUGUCGGCUCAGGAGCUCGUGCGGAUGUUGAACGAGCUUUUCGCACGAUUCGACCGCCUGGCACAUGAGCAUCACUGCCUGCGCAUCAAGAUCCUGGGAGAUUGUUAUUACUGUGUGUCGGGCCUUCCCGAGCCACGGCAGGACCACGCCCACUGCUGCGUGGAGAUGGGACUGAGUAUGAUCAAAACCAUCAGAUAUGUGCGCUCGCGCACCAAACACGAUAUCGACAUGCGCAUCGGGAUCCACUCGGGCUCGGUGCUGUGCGGCGUGCUGGGCCUCAGGAAGUGGCAGUUUGACGUCUGGUCGUGGGAUGUCGACAUCGCCAACAAGCUCGAGUCUGGAGGCAUACCGGGGCGCAUCCACAUCUCCAAAGCGGCCCUGGACUGUCUGAACGGCGACUACGAAGUGGAGGCUGGCCACGGCAAGGACCGCAAUGACUUCCUGCGCCGACACAACAUCGAGACCUACCUCAUAAAGCAGCCUGAUGACAGCUUGCUGUCCCUCCCAGAGGACAUCAUGAAGGAAGCGGCCAGCGCCGCCGACCGCCGCGCCAGCGCCGCCACGUUCAACGAGGCGUCCUGGAGCCCCGAGCUGCCCUUUGACAACAUUGUGGGCAAACAGAAUACUCUGGCCGCCCUAACGAGAAAUUCGAUAAAUCUUCUUCCAAACCAUCUCGCACAAGCUUUGCAUGUCCACUCCGGUCCUGAGGAAAUUAACAAGCGAAUAGAGAGCGCCAUCGACUUACGGAGUGGCGAUAAGUUGAGGAGAGAGCAUAUCAAACCGUUCUCGCUGAUGUUUAAAGACUCCGGCCUGGAACACAAGUACUCGCAAAUGAGGGACGAAGUUUUCAAGUCCAACCUGGUUUGCGCCUUCAUCGUGCUCCUCUUCAUCACCACCAUACAAAGUCUGCUGCCCUCUACUAGGAUGGUGCCGAUGGUGGCGCAGUUGUCGGUCCUGAUCCUGCUGCACUCCUGUCUGGUCCUGGCGACCACGGCCGAGGACUACAAGUGUAUGCCGCUGGUCUUGCGCCAAGCCUGCUGCUGGAUCAACGAGACGUACACUGCGCGUAACGUGGUCAUCUUCCUCUCCAUCCUCAUCAACUUCCUCGCGGCCAUGAUCAACAUGCUGUGGUGCGACUUGCACGAGUCAGCCGCCUCCAGGAACGACACCCUCCGCCGCUCCGACGCCGUCGCUGACAUCUGCUUCUACCCAGAGUACUUUGUGUUCACCGGCGUGCUGGCCAUGGUGACGUGCGCCGUCUUCCUGCGUCUCAACUCGCUUCUCAAGUUGGCCGUGCUGCUGCUGAUGGUGGCCGUCUACUCGCUGCUCACCGAAGCCUUCUAUGCGGCGCUCUUCGUGCGUUACGACAUCGCCCACAGAAACGCAGAAAACUUCCUGGGCACCAAGGAGACUUCGCUGCUCCUCAUGGCCAUGUUCCUUCUUGCUGUCUUCUACCACGGACAGCAGCUGGAGUAUACGGCGCGAUUGGACUUCCUGUGGCGCGUGCAGGCCAAAGAGGAAAUCAACGAGAUGAAGGAGCUGCGAGAACACAAUGAGAACAUGCUGAGGAACAUCCUGCCCAGCCACGUGGCCCGACAUUUCCUGGAGAAGGAUCGUGACAACGAGGAGCUGUACUCGCAGUCAUACGAAUCGGUGGGCGUGAUGUUCGCGUCCAUUCCGGGAUUCGCCGACUUCUACUCGCAGACGGAGAUGAACAACCAGGGAGUUGAGUGUCUGCGACUGCUCAACGAGAUCAUCGCUGACUUUGAUGAGUUACUGGGAGAGGAACGCUUCCAGGACAUCGAGAAGAUCAAAACCAUCGGCAGCACAUACAUGGCCGUGUCGGGCUUGUCUCCCGAGAAGCAGCAGUGCGAAGACAAAUGGGGUCACUUGUGCGCGCUCGCCGACUUCGCCAUCGCUCUCAACGAAAGCAUCCGAGAAAUCAACAAGCACUCCUUCAACAACUUUGAACUGCGAAUAGGCAUGGCCCAGGGCUCGGUGGUGGCGGGCGUAAUCGGCGCCAAGAAGCCGCAGUACGACAUCUGGGGCAAGACGGUGAACCUGGCGAGCCGCAUGGACAGCACGGGCGUGAGCGGCAAGAUCCAAGUUCCCGAGGAGACCUCGGCCGUCCUCAGGGAACGCGGCUUCGCCCUGGAAUACCGCGGCGAAAUCUACGUCAAAGGCAUCAGCGAGCAGGAAGGCAAAAUCCGCACGCACUUCCUGUCGGGUCGCGUCCUGCCCAACCCGCUCAUCAUGCAGCCGCGCAAGAUGACCGGUCAGUACUCGCUGGCAGCCGUGGUCCUGGGACUGGUCCAGUCGCUCAACCGGCAAAAGCAGAAGCAGAUCCUCAACGACAACAACAACUCGGCCAUCAUGAAGGCGCAUCACCAUCACCACUACAACCGCAGGACGCUGCUGGCCAACGACGGCGGCGCCGCUCACCACGCCGACACCCCCGACAAGACCGACGCGUCCUGAGACAGGGGCGGGGACCCUGCGCAAAAACUUGUCAAUGGAGGAUAAGAUGGGCAAUGUUCUGAACUGGAAACUUUCCCUGGGAAUUGAGAGAAAGCGUAGCAUAUUCGGGCAGCGCGGUGGACAAGUCGGGUACAAUAUCUGCCUCACGGUUUGUGGUCACAUUUGGAUCCGGCCUCCGGCCUGCCUAUGUGUAGUUAGCAUGUUUGCCAUUAAGACAAAAAAAAAAAAAAAAACAUAACGAGUGAAAUCUUUUUCACAUUGUUUUGGGUAUAACAAGAAAGCUGGAGGUUCCAAUUCAGGCUGCCGCCUAUUUUUUUGCAUAUGGCCAGAAAGGUGAAGGUUCGAAGAUGACCUUUGGCCCUUCUACGUGUAUUUAGCAUGUUUGCCGAAGUAGCCGUGUCCUUGUAGAUUCCAAAGUCACGUUAGCAUGUUAACGUUAUUGAAGACUCGACAGUAAAUUGUGCUUAGGAGCGAAUGGGGCCGUGAUUGUUGACUUAGUUUAUGGUUUAUUCCCAUCAAUUCCCAUGGAAAGUUUACAAGUUUGAAAAUUCCCGUAAUUAUGCAACCCGAGGGGGAACCCAGAACUGGACCCAAUGGACCCACCGGACCCUCACGAAUGUUGUCAGUACAACGCGAGGGACGGGACCUGCUUGCUGUGUGUCCAACUGUCGUUUUUUUUUUUUUUUUUUCCGGAGCGUCCCGACAGCGCUCCUGUGGUUUGUCACUUCCUCUUUUUAUGUGACCGUUAACCUCUGCAGACUUUGCCUCUUCUUCCCUCGCCGCCGUUCAACUUUCUUUUUUCUAUUUCUUUUAUAUGCGAGCGCUCAAUUAAAAUGUUUAAUUUUUUUAUAACUGUA